AAGAUUGUGCACCUCAUGAGACAUGGGGAAGGAGAGCACAAUGCCGCAUGUGAUAUUGCCGGCGAUGAAGACCUGUAUGAAGACGAACGAUAUUUCGAUGCAGGACUCACGAAUGAUGGCAAAGAGCAAGCACGGGACGCAGGUAUCCAGCUUCAAGGAUCAAAGCUUGAUGCAGUGGUAGCAUCGCCUCUAUCUCGCGCUCUCCAGACAGCCAUGAUCGCUUAUCGGGCAUGGAAGGACCACUCGCAACCAACGCUAUCAGAUCCGCGCUUCGUCUGUGUGGAAUGGUGUCGAGAGGGCAUGACUUACGGUGUACAUCCAUGCAAUCGCCGGAGAGCGAUAUCAGAAGUUAAGUCAGAGUUUCCUCAGUUCGAUUUCUCCCACAUCGCUACUGACGAGGACGAGAUCUGGCGGCGGGACGGGUCGGAGUCUCAGCAAGACUUGAAUCAUCGGGUUUCCUUGUUCUUGGAAUGGCUUGAAAACCUGGAGGCAAAGCACGUGCUCGUCUGCACUCACUGUGUCUUCCUGCAUGCACUCUUU